AUGCAAUUUCGCUGUUUUCUUUUUAGAUUUCUUUUGUAUUCUUUGUAUCUUUGUCGAUCACAUUUUCUUUCUUUUUUAAUUCAAAAUCAUCUUUUUUUCUUUCUUUCUCUUUCAGUAAUAUUUUUUCUUUCAUUCCAAAUUACAUUCUUUUUUUUAGUAAUCUUUUAUUUUUCUAUACUUCAUUCAAAUUUGCCUUUUUUCUUCGUUAUUUUUCCUUCUUUUUAUAUUGCAUUGAAAAUUGCCUUCUUUCUUUUUUUUUUCUUUGAUAAUUUUCUUUCUUCUUUAAAAAAAUUCUUUCUUUCUUUCUACACUAGUAACGUUUUCAUUCAAAAAUUGCCUUUCUUUCAUUUUUGUAGUAAUUUUUUUUCAUCUUUUAUUCAAAAUUUCCUUUCUUUCUUUCUUUCUUUCCUAAUAAUUUUCUCUCUUUCAUUCAAAAUUGUCUUUCUUUCUUUUCUAUUAAUUUUUCUUUCUUUUUCAUUCAAAAUUACGUUUCUUUCUUUCUAUAUUUUUUCUUUCUUUCUUUUUUCAUUCAAAGUUUGCUUUAUUUCUUUUUCUAAUAAUUUUUCUUUCGUUUUUCAUUCAAAAACAAGUGAGGUUUUUUCUAUGGCUACAUUUCUUUCUUUCUUACCUUCUUUCUUACCUUCUUUCUUUCUUUCUUUCUUUCUUUUUAAACUAGCACCCUCUCUUUUCGGUGAAUGCCUCUCCUUUUUACUCCAUGUUUUAACAACUCAUUUUCCCUUUUUCUUUCUUUCAUUUAUUUUCUAUUUCUUUCCUGUCUUCCCAUAUUUGUCCGAUUUUGAGCAAAACCCAAUCGUUUGA